AUGAAAACAAUCAGAGAUUUGGGAAGUGAUGAAAAUGUUUAAAUGGAAGCGGAUGUUCUUAACGCACUUAAGUCGCGAGUGGCGUAUCUAUCAGGCGGUCGUGAUCACGACUCUAAUUUGUUGAUUAUCUUUCAAUUGCCAUACGAGCUACAACCGUGGACAAAGCGCUACAUUGAAUUGUCAACAAAAUAUUUGUUGUCAUCGUUAAGCCAACAAACACUUAACAAUGGACUAAUAGCGAUUGUUGACUCUCAAAAAUGUUCGUGGCGACUGGCACGUGAUUUAAUCAAAUUGAUAACUCAAUCACUCGACACAAAUCUCAUCAAACUUUUUGCGAUACGAACUGAAGCAUUCUCUAUGCAAAAUUGUGCAAAAUCUUAUAAAAAAGGCGAGCCGAUUAUCAUAUCGAAAUCUCGUCUGAAUAAGUUCUUCAACUUGUCUGAAUUGCCCAACGAAAUUGGCGGUUUUCAGAACUACAAUCACGAUGAAUGGAUUCGUAAUCGUGUGCAAAUUGAUGAGUUUAAGAAACAUUUUGAGACGAUUGUAGCAUCAAUCAAAAGUUUAAAAGAAAAUUUGGCAAACACGAGCACAAUGCGUUCGCAAGAAAUCGAGCAGACGAUUAAGAUUUGCUCUCCAACAUAUUCCGAUGUUCAGAAGUCAAUAAAAACGUUGCUGGAUAAUGGAAACAAGUUAAUCAGUCAAAUAAAUGAUUGGCAAUGUCGUGAAUCACUUCUAUCGCAAGACAUUCUCGAUGCCAAAGAGAUCAUUAAGAACACGCUAAACGACAUUGAGAAGAAGCAAACAGAAGUUUGUAAUUCGUGGAAUGAGCUUGAGAAAUGCUUGGGAGAUGCGAGAGAAUUUUCGCAAUUAGAAGAAGGAGUUUCGUACGUGACUAAUUGGAUUCUUACCACGGCCGAGUCGCUUUUAAAUGGUCAGUUAAAAGUUGGAUAUGAUAUUCAAUCUGCAGAGAAGCUUCGACUUGAUCACGAGAUACUUGAGUUCCAAUGUUGGAAGACUUACGGUUCUUAUGGUGAACUACUUUACAAAAUCGAUCACUUUCCGGGAUGCAAAGACAGCUUUGCUUACAAAGAUCUUCUGUCACAACGUGACUUUAUGGAUUUCGUCUGUCGGAGCUUUGCAACUCGCUUAGAACGACGUCGAAAUCUCUUAAUCACAUCCGUUCGAUUUUAUCGACUUGUAGCUGAGUAUUUUCAAAGAACGAGUAAUGUUUUUGAAUCGCUGCUACAAACCCAAAAAGAGAAUGUCGACAAUUUCGAAUUGGCGAAAGGUAAACUUCAUAAGAUCAAAGAAAGUCAACAAAGCUUAGGAAACGUUGAGAAAGAAUUAGUCAAAGAAGGUGAAAAGCUUAGUGAUAUUCUCUCGAUGCCAAUCAAAGAUGCGCUAGGUCGUGACAUUGACGUCGACUACAGUGAAGACAUUGCUAGUCUUCGUGAGGUGCUUGAUGCUGCUAAAACACGCUUCAAAAUAUUCAGCGACAGCAUGGAUCUUCAGAAACUUACGCUCGAGCAAAUAACUCACAUUCAUUGCUGCGAAAAAGAUGCUGAAAUGGCCGUGAAAUGGGUUGAAAGUCUUUAUAAAGUCAUGCUAAAGUCUCACACUGUUGUUGGCUGUAAUGUCUCGGAAAUUCAAAACCAGAAAGACGAACAUCAGGCGUUUCAAGACACGGCAAAAAGCACAUUCAAUUACGGUAUUCAAUUGUUGAAUGCCGCUUUUGCACUCCGUCAGUCAUGUAAACUAAGCUCCGACUCGAACCUUGAAACGAUUGACCAUUUGAAGAAGAUGUGGAAGAAUCUUCAUGCUGUCAGUCAAGAACAAAUGACUCGUUUGCGUGUUUCUGCCGUGUUUUAUCGGAGUGUAGACGAGCAUUGCACAAAGUUGGAGCAAUUGAAGGCAUCAGUUAUAAAAUUGAAAGAAGUGGAAGAUGAAGAGAAGCAAAUUUUAAAGUUAAGAAAAUAUUUAGCAGUACGCGAACGUUUGUUGCUUGAAGUCGGACGAAUGAUGCGAUUAGGAAGAUUAUUGAGAACUCGUCUGAAAGAACCUUUCUUUCUUAAUAAUGACUUAGAGAAUAUGUCGAGUGAAGAAAACGUGAUUGCAAUGCCAGGUGACAACUCGAUUGCGGCUGAUUCCAUUUCAGCGAAGUUGAUUGAAGUGUCGCGUGUUGCAGAAUCGUUAGAUAAUGUUCUGCAUGAGAUGCAAGAUGACUUAAAUAUAUUUGAGAGUACGAUGAGUGGAACUUCAUCGACGACAACGCCGUCCACAACAGUUGAGAGAAAAAUAUCGUCAGCUAACAAUAGCGAUGAUUGGAAUUCGAGUCUCAAAUCGUCAACAGAAGACGAAUCAUUUGUCACGGCUUCCGAAUACACGCCAUCACGUUCAUCAUCUUAUCACACAGCGUCAGAAUGUCGCGGAACAUCUCCUUGGACUUGGAAUGAGUCUGCUGAAAGGAGUUCGGUCGAUUUCGAUUCGUCAGACCCUGAACAGAUAUCAUUGAAACCUCUCACGACAACUUUAUCCGCUAAUGCAUCUUUUGACGAUUCCGAAAACAGUUUUUUGUCACCAAUACCGUUUGGAGAACAAACGGAACAUGACAACGCUCCACCCCCACUUCCACCGAAAAAUUCAAGUCCAUUGCAAGACAUUUCUGAACCAACACACAAUCAAGAGAACAGAAUUUACACGAUCUUUGAAUCACCAACAACAUCACCAAGUGAAAUCGAUUCACUUACUGAAGGUGAAUGUGGUCGAAAGGUGAGCGACGACAAUAAUAAUCUAACAGAUAUGACUGGACUUAGCUAUUAUUAUCAAAAUAUUAUAACUAAACAAGUGCUUAAGACAAUGGAAAUCGAUCCAAUGGAAGAAAGGGAUUUGUACAAUAAGUACAACAUGAAUAACAACACCGUGUCAACAACAAUCAGCACCAUCAUUGUUCAAGGUGGACCUCUUCAAUUAGUUAUAGCAUUGCUGAGAGCGCUCGCAGGAAAGAAAUUGUUUACAAUAUGGAAUCAGUUAAAAUGUGGUGAACAUGAAGUCAUGGGCGCAGAGACUGGAAAUUCACUCCAAAUAAAAGUUGCCGAAGUGAUACCAAAAUUCACAUUUCUUGGAAAAAACUUGGAUGAAGCAUUGAAACUUCAAAAGCAACAUGAAGAGUUGAUGCUUAAUAUUCAGAAUCUUCCUUCGCCUCUCGAAGAGUUUUAUCGAAAAGUUCAAGAAAAAAUCGCGGCACAAGAAGAACCAAACCCGCGACUAAUUGAAGACAUGGCAGAUUCACUUAACAUUGUCUGGGCUGAUAUACAAAAAAUGCUUCACGAGCGCCGACUGAUAAUCAACUUGAAUGUUGCAUUUUUUGAGCGCCUCGGUGAGUGUUACGGUAAAAUGAGUGCGUUGGAGGUCGCCUGUAGGGAUACUAUGAUCCCAAUUGAAGUUGAAGCCGUCAGAGAUUAUUUAGAGAAAUUCAAACACCUAAGGAUGGAAGUAUUAUCAUCAGUUAUGAAUCCACUAACAGUCGGCAAUCAGCUGUUAGAGAAACUUAAGGAAAUGGUCAACUACGGCACUUUGGAUUCAAGACCAGAUCACAUUCUUGAAGAGUCUAAAAGAUCGGUGACACUUGUGGAAACUUGGCUUGAAGAUUUAAGCGACAAACGAAAUAAUCUCGAAACUGCUUGGUUGUGUAGAAAAGUUCAACUCGAGCAGUGUUUAAUUUUAGCUCAACUAACAAAAGAUUUAUCAGAACUGGAAAAAAUUCUAAAUAAACAGAAGGAUGAAAUUUUGGGAACAUUUACGCUUGGUGACAACAGUAGACAAGCACAAUCACUUCAGCAAGAAUAUGAAACAUGGAAAGUUGAUGCAAUCGCACUUCGAGACAAAGCUUUGAAAAUCACAAGAGCAACUGAAGAAGUUGUUAAGCAAGGAAGCUUUAUCGGAGAAGAAGCUUGCAGCAAAGCUUACAGCGUCUUGGCAAAUUGCACAGAAUACUUUGACGAGAUUGAUUUACGUGAAUCACUCUUGGAACAAUCGAAAGAAUUCUUCAGAAAAGCAGAAAAUGUUCUAAAGCAACUCGAUGAUCUUGAAAGAGAUUUAAAGAAUGUCAGUAUGCGACCAGGUUCGCCUAAUUUCAUCUCAGUGCAUCUUAAACUCAUGCAAGAAGUCAGCACAGCAAUUACUAAGACUCUUGAACUUGGAUAUUCACUCAUUGACGAAGUUGGAAGAACCAAGCCUGAAGUCGCAGGUGUUCAAAGAGUCGUCGAUGAAAUUGAACGAAGAAAAAUUUAUCUUGACAAAGCAUUUUCGAAAACAAGUGAAAAGCACAUUAAAGUGUCAGAAGAACUCAGUAUUUUCCUUCAACAGUACAACGAUAUUUUCUCGUGGAUAGAAUCACAGAAAAAAGAAAGAAUCAUCAGUGGUCCAAUAAAUUUCAUGGGAAAUAAUGCACACCAAGCCAAAGACUGCCUUAAUUCUCAUCAGCAGCUUCUCAGAGAGUUGGAGAUCAAAGACGAAGAAUUUAAGAAUCUAAACAGAAAAGUUUCAGAAAUUUUAGAAUUUGUCGAAGAUUCACAACGCAACGAUGUCAACGAGAAGAUUCAUUUGCUGUUGAAAAAUUCAAGUGACUUCAACAACUUCCUGACAUCGAGAAUACCCGUCAUUGAACUCUACUUAAGAUUCCAUCAAGAAGCUGAUCAUCUCACAAAUCUUUUCAGCAAUUUAGAGCAAACAUUGAAAACUAAAAAGCGUUCGGAAGAUUUUCAUUAUAUCGAUACGGUGUGGAGCAAGAUUCAAACACAAUUUACUGUUCUUAAAAAUAUUGCAAAGCACUUCACAGCUGAGAAAACUAAGGUCGCAGAUUCAUAUCUACAAGUCGAUCGAGCUGAAAACUGUAUCGAGAAGACACUCGACGCGUUCAGUCGUCGUCAGUUGGAGAUAAGUGAUGUUUGGGAGCAUUGGAAUAUAACUAAAGAGAUCAACAUCGUGCUGGAGCAAGUGAUGGCAGAAAAUAUUGAAACACUUUCUUUGACCGCCAAGAUCGAGGAUGAAUUGUAUCCAAUACUCGCAACCUCGGAAGAAUUGCCAAGUGAAUUAAUUCGUUUUGUCGGCAAUAAAUUAAAAACGGUUCUUAAUGAAAUUCAACAAGCGGAACGCGAAUUGUCGGCGCGAAUCGAUAAAAUCGAUAAACUCGAAGCAAAUGAUGAAGUGUCCAAUGAGAAAAUUGUGCAAGUGAAAAAUAAUCUAAAUUCGAUUAAAACGAAAUUAUUUUCGUUGGGUGCUGAUUAUAGUGAGUUAGUGGAUGUGAUUUUAGGGUUUUUGCGUGCUUAUCAAGAUGUUUAUGAAAGCAUUCGAGCAUAUUUCGCGGAUAAAAAUCAACCGUCACCACUUGCAGAAAAUGUUGAAAGUCUCAUCAGAGAUUACGAAACAUUCAAAAGCAAUACAAUGGAACAUUUCCGUAGUUUACUUGCUCAAAGUGAAAAAAUUAUCGAUCGAAUUAAAAUGCAAGAACCACCUGGCUCGAAAGAACAUGACGCUGACAAAAUCAUUACUCUUCUUGAGAAACUUCGAGUUUACUUCGAAUCAAAUGCAUCAUCAGAAAAUUCUGAAUUGAAGCGGCAAUAUUUCAUCACUGAGUUUGAGAAAAUGUUAACGGACCUUAAUGAUAACAUCAGUGAUUUAGACUCACAGUUCAAUGAUAUGCAGGAUAAGUUUGGAGAAUCGGCAGCGGCUUCUAAAGUCGCUUCACUUUCAUAUGAAUACUUCGAACGAAAUGUCGAUCUACUUAAUAAACGAAUCGAAAAUUUCAUCAGCUCGUAUAAAAAUAGCAACAUCAGCUAUCCAGAUACGAAACCGUUCAUCGAUGGGGAAUUAACGAAGCUUCAAAAUCGUUGGGAUGAGUUUAGAGAUAAGUCACUCAAGCUGAAAAACUCUUUGUCACUAGCUCAACAAUAUUUCAGCUUGUUGGAUAUUAUCGAUACACGUUAUCAUAAAACGUACACGUUCUUGGUGAAUUCAGUGAAUUUGAGAAAAGAUGAACUUCGUAGUUCAGACAGCGCAUUUCAAUUAAUUGAUGAGAUUGAAAAGUAUGUGAUGGAGAACAAGGAAAAACAAAUUGACGACUUAAAGAAAUUAUCAAAACUGUCUAAAGAUGUUUUCGGUGUUGAUAAAACUGAAAAUCUUUAUUCCGACAAUGUUUUCAUUUUCGAGUCUUUUGAAAAAAUAAAAUCAGAUAUUGUUGACAUCGUGAAAGAUUUGAAAGCGAAAGAAGAUCCUGUCGCAAUGAUUAAUGAGAUUGAUAAAAAUAUUCUUGUGAUCGAAAGCACAGAAGAAGUGAUGAAAAUUGAGAAUGUUCACGAGAUUGUGCCAGUUGUGGAAGGUGAACCACCGAAGUUUGUUCGAUAUCUGGAAAGUGCUGAAGUGACAGAAGGUGAAGAUUUCACUUUUGAAUGUAUCGUUAAAGGAACACCGGAACCAUCAAUUAAAUGGCUGAAAUAUAGUUCUCCUCUUGUUGAAAACCAAAAAUGCCGAACAACAUACAGCGACGGAAAAUGUCGCCUUGAAAUUUUAGACGUUUCUUCAUUUGACGCUGCUGUUUUCUCUUGUAUUGCAACAAAUAAUUCAGGCACAGCUCAAACGACAGCGAACUUGAUUGUUAACGAAGAAUCGAGUGAAAAAACUAACUUGGCACCGCCAACAUUUAUUCGACUUCUGCAAAAUGCCUACGCAAAUGAAAAUUCAUCAUUUGAGUUCAAUUGCUUGGUCACUGGCAAUCCAUUGCCAACCGUUCAAUGGUACAGAAAUGACAACUGUGUCGACAGUAACUCCAACUACAACAUCACUUACAACAACGGUCUCGCAUCCCUUCAAAUUCCAUCUUUGAAGAUUGAAGAUCAGGGAAUUUUCACAGUCAAAGCAAGCAAUCAAGUUGGACAUAACGAGUGCAGUGCCAUCUUGAGCGUCGAAGCUAUCGAGAAACACCAAAGCCCAUCCAUUAAAUUGCCACUCGCCAACGUCGCUACAAACGUGGGACAACAAAUUAAACUCGAAUGUAAUGUCGUUGGCAAUCCACGACCUGAAAUAAUUUGGAUGCACAACGGAAAACUACUUUCUGAUGACGUUAACUUGCAGUACGACGGCGAAAGAUUAACGUUAACUAUACCGAAGGCAACCACAAAGUCUUCUGGAAUUUAUCGUUUGACAGCGAAUAACAUAGCUGGAGAAGCAUCAACCGAGUGCUACGUUACUGUCGAAAAGCCAAUCGUUAUUAACAAAGAAGUCGAAGCUAUCAAACCUUCAGUUCAAUUGCCCUUAAAAGAUAUCUCAGUGUUUGAGGGAAAACCUUUGCGCUUAGAUUGCAUCAUCGUUGGACAUCCAGAACCCGAAGUCAUUUGGCUACAGAACGAAAAUCCUAUAAAAGAAUCAAACGACAUUCAACUUUACUUUCAAGGUGAUAGUUGCACACUGCUCAUAAGUGAAGCUUUCAUAGAAGACGCAGGCGUUUAUAAAGUCGUUGCUAUAAAUUCAGCGGGCAAAACAUCAAGUGAAUGUCGUGUGACCGUAACCCCAUUGAACAUUGCUGAACCUCUUGUAAGACCAUCAUCUGAUCGAUUAUCAACUAACGAAAUGCCGCCGAAAUUUGAGAAACUUCUCACCGAUAACUUUGCAAACGAAGGCGAAACAAUUGAGUUGGAAUGUUGUCUGGCGAGUGGACCGUUGCCAGAUAUUAAGUGGUAUUUGAAUAAUAAAGAAAUCUCCUAUAACGAUCGUAUACAGCCAUUAGCACAAGAAGAUGGAACGUUGAAGCUUAUUAUUAAAAACGUUUUGCCAGAAGAUAAAGGCGUUUACACGGUCAAGGCUACAGAUUCAACUGGUGUUGCGAAAUGUUUUUCACAUUUAAUAGUAAAAUCGACCGCAAAUAGUAGCGACGUUCAACUGUUUCAACCUGAACCAGAAGAGAAACAAGUUUCACCAACAUUCAAGGAACUUUUCUCUGACCGUUCGGUGAACUUCCAAGAUUCAACAAAGUUUGAAUGCAUCGUAUAUGGGAAACCAACACCGAAGAUUAAGUGGUUGUAUAAUGAUCAACCAGUACAGGGAAAAGACUUUCUUGUAUCGAGAAGUGGCGAUCGACAAGUUCUCAUAAUGCCUUGUGUCACGCAAGAGAAUGUUGGAAAGAUUACUUGUGUCGCUGAGAAUGAAGCUGGAAAAGCUACUUGCGUUGCUGUAUUGACAAUGUCUGGUAUUCCCAUGUCCACAGAACAACAAUUUACAACACAAGAAGACAAGUCGGGAUCGUCAUUAGUCACAAUGCAAAAGCAAAUCACAACAACGACAACCACUAAGCAAUCGAAUCAAUUUGGAAAUGGAACUCCACAAUCGCAAUUCCAUUCAACAUCGGAACAAAUUGAUUCAUCUUAUAAGAAAGUUGGUGAUUCGACACCAGAAGUGUCAGAAACAAAGAAAUUUGAAGAAUUUAGAGAAUCAUCAGAUGAACCACCACAAACUUUCGCUCAAAAAAUUUUGAACUUCACAAAGAAUGAAUCCACGGAGAAUGUCAUCACACAUUCAGGUGGAAUUUCUACAGGAAAACCUGUGAGAAGGAAUAUUGCACCUCGAUUUGUCACGCCAUUGAUUGGGAAGAUUGUUGAUCAAGGUGUUGAUGUCGUACUUGAGGGUAUUGUUGAUGGAUAUCCAGUACCAACACUUGAAAUUACCAAGAAUGGCGAGAAGAUUGAAACCAUUCCUGGAGUUAUUGAAAUCACUUACAAUUUAAAUAAAAUCAACAUCAAAUUGUAUAAUGUGAUGACAAAAGAUGCUGGAAGAUAUUCGGCAAUUGCUAAGAAUGAAGCUGGAUCGGCAACAAGCACUGCUGAUCUCGUUGUCAAAAAAUCAAUUUUCCCACCGGUUUUCGGUCGUCGACUUCAAGCACAAGUUGUAAAGAUUGGUGAACGUGUCAUCAUGGAUGUGGAAAUAACAGGAACACCUGAACCAAGGAUUUCAUGGUACAAAGAAGAUCGUCCAUUGAUGCCUGGAAUGAUUUCGGAAUAUAAACUUGCACAAGUUGGAAACUGCUACAAAUUGAUACUUGAGAAUGCUAAAGUUCAAGACUCCGGAAAGUACAUGGUGAAAGCAGAGAAUUCUGGUGGUGAAGCUCAAAGCAUUGCAGACUUUCUGGUCAUGGAAUCGCAACCAGAUCGAAUGGUCGAAAUCACUAAAACUGUCGUGUUCAGUGAUUUACCUCAAAAUCAAGUCAAGUCUGAUCAAACAAAAAUUCAAAACGGAACUUCAAAAGAAAAUUAUUCGUCACAUCAAGAAGUGAAAUCUCAAGCUCAAUUGGGAAGCUCAACCGAGUCAAAAGUAAUUCUCGAGACAACUCGAACAACUUCUGCUACAAUGCGAAUGGAGCAUAAAGCAAACUUCCCUGAUUUGCCUGUGACAUUUUCACAGAGAACGCAAACGCCGACGAUUCCUUUGGUCAGUGAAGGAACAAUGAUGGACUCAGAAGUCAAACGUGAAGUUAAAAAGCAAACAGAUUCAACUCAAACUCCACAAGCUGAACCAGCUUUUAAACCCCAAGUCCCAACAGCUCCUCCAUCAUCUCAAUCUAUUCCCUUCCCAUUCUCCGACGAAGUUCCGGUGUCAAAACCACCCGAACCACUCAAGAAAACUGCUUUAGAGUUCUUUGAAAGUAAUUUGAAGAAUUUGCCACCUCUGCAAGAUGAUAAAUACACGAGAUAUGAAGAUGUUGUUAAAAGCAGCAAGCAAUACGUUCACAAACAAAACACUGUUAAGGAACAGUUCCAAUCGAAACUUACUGAAGAUUUGAGCUUCUUCAAUCUUAAACCUGAACCACCACCUGAAAUGGGAUUCAUGCCAAAAGUAAAGCCAACUCAACCUGAACGACUUGUUGAAAAAGUCAAAAAGCUUGAGGAAGUUCACCAAUCAAGCGAAACGCCUUUGAGUGGAACGGUUUUACCUCAAUCAUAUAAAAAGGAAGAAAAGUUCGAGAGGAAAGAAUUCGUGUCAACGAAAGCGGUUGCAACUUCUCCAUUUUUACAACAAAAACCUUUGUCACCACUCCCACAACAACCGUCAUAUUCACCUCAAAUUAAUCGCGAUAAACUCUUAACUUCUGAUCCUAAACUUACACGAAGUCCUUCGCCAAAACCUUCCGCUGAAGCAGUCAACAUGGAGAAGUUGUGGGCGAUGAAAACAGUAAAAUCGCCUGAACCAUUCUCACACCAUCAACAAAGCUUUUCUCAUGAACAUAAAUCAUCAUUUGUUGCUUAUUCAUCGCAUCAGAGUCAGAGUCAAAGUCAACAACAGACUUUGCCAUCAAAGGAAGUUUUUGUUCCAAUUCAACCUUAUCCUGUUGAAGCGCCACCAGCAACACAAGAACAACAGCAAGAAGAAGAAAUUCCAAAAGUUUCUAUCAAAGAUACAAGAAGCUUCUUUGAACAAAGAAUUAAACAAGAAGAAGUGAAAUCAAUCCCAGAGUUAAAAGCUCCUGGUCUUGUUAAGCAAUUUGCUAAGCCAAUGGUUCCUUUAAUUCCUUUGGAACUCGAGCCAGGCUCACCGCCAGAGAUUUGUUACGCCCCUAAACCUGUUUUGGAGAGAACGCAAUCAUAUGUUGAGAAGAUUGAAAAAUCACUUGAACAGAAUCUUGAUAAGGAACCUGAAAGAGUUCCUCCUGGUGGUGUUCGAAUAAUCCCGACAAGGCAAACUCCGCAAAGAAUGCCAUCACCACCAAAAGUUCAACCACAAACCCCAGUGGCACCUCAAAUCCCCCCAAUCACCCCAAUCACCCCAAAUAUCAUAAAACCUGAACCAAUAAAUAUUAAAUCAAACGAUGUUGUUGACUUUUCAUCAUCUCAAUCGAAACAAUUUCAUUCGGAACGAAUUGAGAUCAAGAAAGAAUCAUCGACGGGUGAACAUUUGCCUGGUUAUCGUCAUGUUGAACCACCGAAAUUUUUACAACGUGGAAAAUCUUCUGAACCAAUUAAAACGCCACCAUUUGAACUUCCCAAACAAGAACCUUUUAUUAUGAAGCCUGAACCACCAAAGCAGCAAUUUUCUUCGCCAUUGCAACAACCAUUCAGUCAACCACCGAAAGAAGUGCCAAUAGCUGUUCAGAAUCCUCACUUACAGCAACAUAAGCCAAUAUCUCAAUAUCAGCCAAAGCCUUUCAUACCGAAAACGAACAAAAAGUUUAAUGAAUUCGUUUCUGAGACUCACGAGAGUCACAGCAUGUAUAAGAACUUUGUACGAUCUGAAGAAAGCACUCAAUCGUCGGAAUCUUAUUUCCAAAAGAUUGAUCAGCCAAAAAUGAUUCAACCACCGCAUAAUUUUUUGCAAACCGAACCACAAAAGCAGCAAUUUUUACCUCAACAGCAACAGGAAAGUAAAACCACACAAAUGAUGAAGAACAUUUCAAUGACCAAUAAGCAGAUAAAAAUUAAUGAAGAACCGAUUUCGAUUCAAUAUUCAGACGAGCCAAGCCAGAAAACGAAUAUUCAACCAGCACCAAGUCCUUCGAAGUUCGUGAAAGGAGAAUUUAGGGAAAGUGAAUAUGAAAGCGACUACGAUUCAAAGAUUCAAUCGAUGUGGAGACCAAGCAGUGGACAAUCUGAUCAAAUGUAUAAGUCAGUGACACCAAACUUAUCACAAACUCCACAAAAGUUUUCUAGUCAAUUCAAAACGCCACCACCGCCUUCUUCUUUUGAAAGCCCAAGACAAUUUUCAACUGGACCACCAUCACGUCCAAAAUUCGAACCAAUUGAGAAAGUUCAAGUUCAACAGACAAAAAAAGUUGAACAAAAGCAAAAAGUUUUCAAACCAACUCCAGUCACUCCAGCAAGAAGCAGCUAUAAUAGUUUCUUGGAAAAUACUAGUCAACAAUCUAAUCAAACUAAGAGUUAUUAUUAUACGUCAGGGCCACAAACAACAACUUAUUAUACAGCUGUUGCUGGUCAACCAGUUCAUAAUGCAAUCGCACAGGAAACGUCAAAUACAAUGCACAUGAAAGAGUCAACUGAGAAGAGUCAUCGUGUUGUUAAUAUCACUCAAACACGAAGAGUUAUUUCACUUGAUGGUUCUAAGAAACAAGAUGAGAAACUUGAACCUUUCCCUUAUUCACCAGACCCUCAAAGUUAUUAUCAAAAGCAGAGAGUUCCACCACCACCAACUCCAACUAAAUUUAUUCCUGGAGAAUUUCGUGAAAGUGACUAUGACAGCGAAUUAGAAAAUGCAAAGAUUCGACCAGUUUGGACACCAAAUCCAUCUGAUAAUGAAGACCUUCAUUAUAGACGUGUUCGACCACCUUCAAGUCGAUCUUCUAGCGUCCCAAGAUCAUAUGAACGUGUUAUGACUCCAAUGGAGUUUGAUACAGCACCAGUUGUCAUGCCAACAAAAAUUAAAGUAGACUCGCCAUCACUUAAAACGCCACAACAAUUUUUCUCAGCUUUAUAUCGAGAUCAGAAUCAAAGCAAACAAACAUCAAGAAAUGUAACACGCGAUGAUAUAAAUAUUCAAACACGUUAUGCACCUAAAACAUCAUUAGUUGAUCAUGCAAGUAGUCAGAUCAACAGCAUGAAUACAGCAUUUAAAAGCAAAGCUCAUCAAUUUAUGAAGGACGUGAUCAGCGAUCAAAGACAACAAAAGCCAAUCUUAAAGAAAGCAAACAGCGUUAAUGAAGGUUCCGGUGCACAAGCGUAUAGGGAAGAAUCAAGAGUAUCUCAAUAUGGAACAAAACAUGUCGAUCCGGAUACUGGUAUAAUUUAUUUCAAAUACGACUUUGGCUAUGAGUUUGGAAUUAUUUUCCCUGGUGAAGGGAAGAAGAUUGUGAGUGGUUAUAGAAGUGGAAAUCAACAAGGUGAAAGACAAAAUGUUCUUCCACUUCGAACUUCAGACAUUGAGGUUCCAGUAAUUCAUGAAAAAUCGAACGGUAGAGCAAGCGUUGUCAGCUUCGGCACGACAACGCCAAUAGAAUUCGAUAAAAGCGACAUGAGUCGAAAACGAUACAGUUUGCCAUCGCCAAACUAUUAUGAUCGAUUAACGCCGAAGUCAGGAAUAUUUCAGACAUCAGAUUAUUCCGGGAAUAAUUAUGAUCGUUCUGGAUCGGGAACUCCGUCUAUUGUCAAUCCCCAGAAACAAGCUCCACCAAAACAUCCACCAUUGUUUAUUACUCCAUUGAAAGAUAUUGCCGUUGUUAAUGGUCAAACUGCUCGUUUUGAAUGCAUCGUUCAGUGUGAGUCUGUUCCUUAUGUUUAUUGGAUGAAGGAUGGUCAAACUAUUGAGAACAAUUACAAGUACCAGAUUGAAUUUAGAAAUGGCGUUUGUCGUCUAACAAUACCGCAAUCCUAUCAAGAUGAUGCCGGAACUUAUGAAUGUGUAGCUCAAAACCCAUUGGGAGCUGAUGCAACUCGAGCCGUUUUAAUGAUUUUCCAAGGAAAUCCAAUAUUAAAGAACUCGAAACUUCAAUCAUUUCCACCACACAAAAAUGGGAAACAACAAUUACUUCAUAUCAUGUUAUGGAACAACCCUCAGUUACUAAAGGUCGAAAUGAAAACUCAUAGCAUUGCUUUAUGUAAAUAAAGUGGUUUGCUAGAUUAGAGACAGUAGAGGGCAAGUGUAUGUAAUGGAAUUGUCUGGAUAUUAGUCAGUAAUACAUAAGAUGUGAUGUAAAUAUUUUGAUUAUCUCCAUGCCUAAAAUGUAACAAAAAAAAUUAUUUAAAAAAUUUGUAUGCUA